AUGAGAAACGGUAAAACAUUAUUUGAUUUCGAAGAAUUAGCUAAGAAAUCAAUGAUGCCACAUCGUUUUUAUUAUUAUGACUACAAAGCUGGUCAAGGACAUACAUAUCAAGCAUGUAGACAUUAUUUUGAUAAACAAUUAAGAAUUAUGCCAAGAGUUUUGAUGGAUGUUAGUGAAAUUUCAUUAAAAACAAGUAUACUUGGAUCGAUAUAUGAAUCACCAAUCCUAAUUGCUGCAUCCGCUUGUCAUUGUCUUGCUCAUGUUGAUGGUGAAGUUGCCACAGUUCGUGCUGCAACUGAAACUCAAUGUAUUUUUACUUACAAUUGGACGUUUUCAAAUGUGCCAGAAGAAAAAGUUCUACAAACACUCGGUCCAAAAUUUUUACAUAUUUAUUUAACAACACCUAUAGAAAUCUUAGAACAAAUAGUUCCACAAGCUGAUAAAGAAGGAUAUCGAGCAAUUGUCAUUACAUGUGAUCAACCACAUGAACGUAUUCGAGAUUUUGUAUUACCAUUAUUUGAAGAAGCAUAA